GUGAGGCAGAAGUGAUGGAUUCAGCCCACAGGAAAGUGACAGUCCUCUCCUAACGGGCCGCGGGCAGCACACAACCUGCCUCAGACUCUCACUGUUGAUCAGGAAACUACCUCUGCCACCUGGCUGACGUUACCAGCUGUCCCUUUUUUCUCUUCACAACUUUUUUUUUUUUUUUUUGUUAAAGUGGAUCUGGGAGCAAUCUCCUUAAUGUUUGAAGAUUAGUUUCAACUUGACGUUCUGUUUGGCUACUGACAGUUUCUUUUUUCUUUUUUUAACAAUUACAACAAUAGGCUUUGAAACGCCACCUUUUCACCGGUGGAGUGGACUAAGGUGAGAAAAGGCUGAGUAACUAUAGACAGCCAGAGCGCAGAGAGGACUACGCGGGGGUGCAGGUUUCACCCUUGGGAUGACGUUCAACCAUAAGAAACUUCAGACAAAUCUGGCAGGAGGGCAAAGGAACUGAAGGAGCCUCACCUGUAUUGUGCAAUUAUCUCAGUUGGACACUAACUCAUGGAGCCCCCUUCAGUGGUCCUGCUAGGGCUCCUUCUAGUUUAUGGACUAGCCUGUGGAGUCCAGCAGACGUUGGGGAGUCGCUCAGACGGCAGCCGUGGCAGGGGCAGUACCCAAGAAUUUGAGAGCAGCGAGGAGGGUCUGGAAAGAGAUUUUAUCUAUGCAGGAAGGAGCAAACGUGCUCCAGCUGACCAGCAGCAGGACAAAUGUUCCUACACUUUCAUUGUACCUCAACAAAAAGUGACUGGAGCCAUCUGUGUCAACUCCAAGGAGCCAGAGGCCAUGCUGGAGAACCGGGUCAACAAACAAGAGUUAGAGCUGCUUAAUGUGGAACUACAGAAGCAGAAGAGGCAGAUCGAGACCUUGCAGCAGUUGGUCGAGGUGGAUGGGGGCAUCGUCAACGAGGUCAAGCUUCUGAGGAAAGAGAGUCGAAACAUGAACUCCAGGGUCACUCAGCUGUACAUGCAGCUGCUCCAUGAGAUCAUCAGGAAGAGAGACAAUGCGCUAGAACUGGCACAGAUGGAGAACAAGAUCCUCAACCAAACCUCUGAGAUGCAACAGCUCACCAGUCGGUACAAAGAUCUCGAGCACAAAUACCAGCACUUGGCUUCUUUAGCCACCAACCAGUCGGCUCUCAUUGCCGUGUUGGAGGAGCAGUGCCGGAGUCGACCUCCUCCUCGCCAUGUUCCCGUGCCCCAGCCCCAGCCGCGGCCUCAGCCUCCACCACAACCCUCACCCCCUAUUAACAAGCCCUACCAGCCGCCUGUAAUCCCACGCAUCAACAACCCAAUCAGCAAUGAAAUCCAGAGUGACCAAAAGUCUCUUCCACCAGUUCUUCCAACAAUGCCCACUGGUACGCACAGUCCAUCUACCACUGACAAGCCCUCUGGCCCAUUUAGAGACUGUCUGCAGGCUCUAGAAGACGGACACGCAACCAGUGGCAUGUACCUGGUGAAGCCAGAGAAUGCCAACCGACUUAUGCAAGUGUGGUGUGACCAGAGGCACGACCCAGGCGGCUGGACUGUGAUUCAGAGGAGGGUGGACGGCUCUGUCAACUUUUUCAGGAACUGGGAGACGUACAAGCAAGGUUUUGGCAAUAUUGACGGCGAGUACUGGCUGGGUCUAGAGAACAUCUACUGGCUGACUAACCAGGGAAACUACAAACUGCUGGUCACACUGGAGGACUGGUCUGGCAGAAAGGUGUUUGCGGAGUAUGCCAGCUUCAGGGUGGAGUCUGAAGCUGAUUUCUACAAGCUGAGGGUGGGCCGCUACCAUGGAAAUGCUGGAGACUCGCUGACCUGGCACAACGGCAAACAGUUCACAACACUGGACAGAGACCACGAUGUGUAUACAGGAAAUUGUGCCCAUUACCAGAAGGGAGGCUGGUGGUACAACUCCUGUGCCCAUUCUAAUCUGAAUGGAGUUUGGUACAGAGGAGGACACUACCGCAGCCGCUACCAAGAUGGAGUCUACUGGGCAGAGUUCAGAGGAGGAGCUUACUCAUUAAAGAAAGUAGUCAUGAUGAUCCGUCCAAACCCCAACACCUUCCACUGAGCAUCCGAGGAACAUAUACUAUACUGUAUGCCUCCCUAAACAAACUAUUUACAGGCCAUUAUUAUUCUUUUUUUUUUUUU